AUGGCCGCCUUUGUGCGUGUUUCAGGUCCAGCGAAUGGCAAUUUCCUGAUCGGAUAUCCUGGUAUAUCUGCGACGAUGCCUAGGAUCGAAGGUAAAGUCGAAAUCCGCCCGAGUGUUGGCAUAUCAGCGCCAGUCAAUGUCUCCCUGGUCACUAUCUCCCUCCUCCGUCGCGAGACCAUCCACCCGACGGCCGACUCCGUAGCCAAAAAGCGCUUAGCACCUCCCCGCAAGGAAACCAACGAAAUCGUGGGCAAGGAAAUGCUGUUGUUCAGAUGUCCUGCUGGAAAGGAACAUGAAGAGGUUAUCGCUAUGGACUUGCCAUUUGUACUAUUCAUUCCAUUUGGUCGUGGGGGCCGCGACUCUUCACGACGAGUCCCUCCAGCAAGCUUGCAACUGCCCAGUCGUACCGCCGAGACAUUCUACGAGAUGGUGGUGACAGUCCAACAGGGACAUUCGGAGCAACGAAAAUACACCUUCCCCGUACCUAUCUCUCGCUACGACACACUCUCCACUUUUGGCAUGUACAAUCGCCCCGAGUCAGCAGAACGAGUAUCAGACCAUUUGGUCACAUUAGCCAUCUCACUACCCCGAUGGUCAUAUGGACCCCUAGAUCCAGUCAGUGUAUAUGUGAAGCUGUCACCAAAUCAAGCCUGGAUGAGCAAGGCCCGUAAGGUGACAAUCAACAAGAUUACCAUUGGUAUUGACGAGGAGAUCAUUUACAAUCAUGAGGGCGACGAGCCCCAACGCAAGGUCAAGACAUUGACUAAGAAAACCGAUUCCAUUGGGGUCAGGCUACCCCAAUCGGGCUAUCUCACGAACAUGGGCCUGGUGUUUCCCGCAAAGGACAUGCGGGACUCAGAGGGCAUUUUGCCGCGCAGUCGGACGGCAUUCCCUACGUAUGGUGUCAGUGGAUUCACCACCACUGCCAGUUUGUAUAAAAUGGAGUACUAUCUCACUGUCAAGGCCCACUUAACAUCUGCGCGAGAUAUUACCAUCAGGCAACCCAUUGUGGUGUGUCCGCUGGACCACGCGGGUUGCAAAGAGGAAAUGGAAGCUAUUGAGCAAGCGGCGCGAGACGCAGCACACGUCAAUCCAGAUAAUCCAAUGCUGCCAUUGCCAUCGAUCGUCCGGCCUAGUGAUCCAAACGCGCUCAGUCAUAUCGGUGUGGCGAUGGUUGGUAACCAAAAGAAGCUCUUGAUUGACUGA